GUAUAUAUGAGGUAGUUAUGUACGUAGGGGCUUUUGCUAUAUUAAAUGUGAGUUACACAAUUAAAACCGAAUAUAACAAUUAUAUACUUUACUCCGUAAUAGAGACCUCUAUACUUGAAUCAAUUAACUUUAUAUAUAUCCUUUUCGACAACCAAAACUAUAAGUCUAAAUUCGCACUCAAGGCGAUAAUAUAUUAAACCUCAAGCCAAUCCCACCAUGCCUACCACCUCAUCCCUCCACGCGCAACUCGAUGCCCUCUACGCCACAUGGGCCAACCUCUCCCCCUCCUCACCCCCAGCCGAAUUCGACAAAUUCGCCAACUUCUUCGACGACAACUGCCGCGCAUGGCUACUAAGCAUGCGCGAGCUCACAACGCCCAGCAUCGGCCGCCAGGGCGUCGUCGACGGCAUCAAAGAAGCUCUCAAGGACCAGCGCAUCGAGGAGCGUCGCGUAGUUGAUCGGUUUGAAAGCGCGGAUGGGUCGAAGAUCUCGGUGGAGAUGAAUAAUCGGCUCGUAGUGCACGGAAAGGAGUUAGAUCCGUUCCCGGAGACGGCUACGGCGGUGUUUAACGAGAAGGGUCUUAUUACGGACUUUAAGGUGUAUUGUUGUCGGAGCCCUGUUGUGCAGAUUGUGCAAGAUGUUACUGGCGAGGGUCCUUAUAAGUGCCACCCAGUUGAUGGCUGAGUGUGUUAGGUUGAAUAUUAGAUGGGAAUACGGAUAUAAAAUAGACAAGCCGUGAAUUGUUAUAAU